AUGCUUCAACGUACCAAGUAUAACCGCUUCAAGAAUGAAUCUGUGACACCGGUCGAUGAUCUUUUGCACAACCUGUCCACGAACGGUAAAGCCUCUACAGUCGCCGGUAACCCAGCUACAAUUCCGUGCCUGGUUCCGACCACAGACUUACAAAAGGACCAGGAAGAUGGACCCACCUCUCUCUGUACAUUUAUUCACAAAGUGUCUCACAUGAAACUCUCCAGCACGGGCAGCCUGUUGGGUAUAAAAAACCUGUCCUCUGCAGUAAAGGAGCUUGCUGGUUCCAAGUUACAGGGUAGCGCUCCUGCUCUUAGUGCAGCAGCAGGGGCUUCCGACAACACAUGUAACCUUGUCUCUACCCCUCCGUGUUCUCAGCAGGACGUGAGCAAGAUGAGCACAGGGAAAAAAACACGAUCGGAAGAAAUGCAUCUGGGAGGUGAAGAUUGGAAUCAAAGUAGCAGCUUCGUCAAUAAGCCUUCUCGAGGAUGGCUGCACUCGAAUGAGAAGAUUCAGGGACCUGGAGUGACGUACAUUGUGAAGUAUUUGGGAUGCAUAGAAGUUUUACGCUCCAUGAGAUCUCUAGAUUUCAACACAAGAACACAGAUAACAAGAGAGGCUUUUAGCAGAGUAUGUGAAGCUGUCCCUGGCACCAAAGGAAUAUUCAAGAAAAGAAAGCCAGCAAAUAAAAUCCUCUCUAGCAUCCUUGGAAAGAGCAACCUCCAAUUUGCGGGAAUGUGUAUAACGCUGAAUAUAUCUACGACCAGCUUAAAUAUGAUGACUCCAGAUUCAAAACAGAUUAUAGCAAACCACCAUAUGCAGUCCAUUUCCUUUGCAUCUGGCGGUGACCCGGAUGCUACAGACUAUGUUGCUUAUGUGGCAAAAGAUCCUGUUAAUCGUCGAGCUUGUCACAUUCUGGAAUGUAGUGAUGGACUGGCUCAAGAUGUCAUCAGCACUAUAGGCCAAGCAUUUGAACUCCGAUUCAAACAAUAUUUGCAGUGCCCUUCUAAGAUGCCUGCAUUUCCUGACAGAAUGCAAAGCUUAGAUGACCCAUUAUGGGUAGAUGAAGAUGGGGCUUCAACAGAACCUCAAUAUUACAACAGUAUUCCAAAUAAAAUGCCACCUCCAGGAGGGAUUAUUGAUGAGAGACUUAAAGCUCAGCAUCCAAAUCAAGGAGAUAACUCCCAGUUUAUGACCUCUGCUGGAAUAGAACAAACAUAUUACCAAGGUCGUCAUCUGGUUGAUAAGUCUAAUGAAAACUUUCAACAAGCUAUAAAAAGGCAAGCUUCUUUGGACAUAUACAGUGUUCCAGAAGGAAAGUUGACAGCUAAUCAUGGAAGCAAUGCACCCACAUAUGUCAACACCCAACACAUGAACAAGAAAAUGCUAGGAGCUCUUCAGCGAAGUGUAGAUGGAAUGUUUUGUGGAUCAGUGGACAGCUGCAAGGAUAUAAGUCCUAGAAAAGAUCUAUUUGAUAUGAAACCAUUUGAAGAUGCUCUGAAGAACCAGCCCAUGUUACAUAAAGAUGCUUCAGUAGACUGCUCCAGUCCAUUGUUAUCCAGAGCUGCCAUUUUAACUAUUAAUGAAGAACUGAAAUCAGAAACCUGGUAUGUUGGGGAAAUGUGUAGAAAAGAAGCAGAGAAACUACUUAAGAAGGAUGGUGAUUUCCUUGUCAGAAAAAGCAUCAAUAAUCCUGGUUCUUAUGUGCUAACUGGCAUGCAUAAUGGUCAAGCCAAACAUCUUCUUCUGGUAGAUCCUGAAGGCACAGUUAGAACUAAAGAUCGUGUGUUUGAUAGCAUUGGUCAUCUCAUCAAUCACCACCUGGAAAACCAUGUGCCCAUUGUAUCCUCCGGAAGUGAAUUAUGCUUGAAACAGCCAGUGGAGGGGAAGCCUUGA